AAUGGUAUGGGAAGCUGGGACACAUAGUCUAGUUUUUUGCCUGGGAAGAAGAGGAAAAUAUAUUUGGACAAACAACCAGCAAACUCUUUCUGUUUUCUGGAAGAGCCUGUAUAAGAUAAGAAAUACUUGAAUCAUGGGUUUUUUAAACCCCUUAACCUAUUUUCUGGCUGCUGGUGCUGUUACUUUGGGAAUUGGUUUUUUUGCUUUGGCAUCAGCUUUGUGGUUCCUGAUUUGCAAACGAAGAGAAAUAUUUCAAAAUUCCAAAUGCAAAGCGACUGAUGAGAGAUGCGGGCAAAGAUCAUCAAAGGCAAAGAUUAAAUCACAUUCUCAGUGUGUUUUUAUUUCUCGAAACUUUCAUACUGGAGGAUGCCAAUUACAGGAGGAGCAAAGAGAAAAGGAAACAACACGUAUAAAAGCAAAUAAAGAUCACUCUAAAGAUGAAUUCUGCCUUGCAACAAAAAAGGUCAUUUGCGACCCUUCAGAGAUUAGCUUGACAACACAUCCCAGCAGUGGUACCUUAAGCUUAUCGACACUACCAUCUGAUUCUUAUUACAGCCAAAGUGUAGAAGCAGCUGAUGACUGGUUUUCUGAUGACACUCCAGCAAAAGAGAGUUCUCCAAUGCCUUUUCUCAGGGAACCUCUAAUGGAAAAAGUAUUUUCAUAUCUAUCAACAAUUCCAUUAGAAGAAUGUACUGAAAGUGUACUGAAUAUGUCACUUUAUGAUGAUCAGAAAGAUGACAGCAUUAAGGAAAUAUUUUCACGAAGAAAUGCAGAGGUUGAAAUACAAAAAUUUCAACAUAAUAUUGAAUGACUUUUUUCUUUUGAAACUUUGUAUACACUGAAAUCAUGGAAAGUUGAAACCAAAUUAUCAGCUUCUGAGUCUCUUAAAAUGUCCAUACUAAUAUUACUUUUCUUGUUCUUUGCCAUAUAGUGGUCCUACUUCCUUUGCCGAUUCUUAUUUCUAGAAACAAAUGCAGGAAAAAUUACAGUGACAUCAUGAACAUUAAGCUUAACUCCUUGUAUCUCAUCAAAGGAUAUAAUAAAUAAUCCAAAUGUAUUUUAACAUGCAGAGAAAAUAAGAAAU